AUGUCACAUCCGCGCGAGUCAGGUGUAGCGCCUAGAGGGGGUGCGGCCGCCUCGGCCCCAGAGGCCGAGAAACACGCGAGCUUCCCUGCAGACAAGGAUCAGAAUAAAGCCACGCCCGCACGCGCGCCGAACCCACGUAGCUGCGUGACCUGCAGGAGUCGGAAGGUCCGUUGCGAUAAAUUCUCGCCUUGUUCGAAUUGUCGUCGCGCGAAUAUCGCUUGCAUCUAUCCAUCUGGCGAUCGUCCGCCGAGAUGGGUCCGGCGUCUUGAGCGCCCGGUUACGGGGGAAGUCAUGGAGAGACUACACCACCUUGAAGGUCUCGUAAAAGAAUUGACGGGCCAGUUGGAGCAGGCACAUGCUGCGGCCAAGUCUCCUACUGCGUCGUCUAACUCCCCUGGGAGCUCCACCCAUGACAAUGAAUUUGCCUCUUUAGGAAACACAUCCUUUGCUGGUCCUGGGAACGUUCCAAGUAAAUUCGGCAGACUGGCUUUAAACGAUGCCAGCCGGAGUCGGUAUAUUGGAAGUGGUUUUUGGUCAUGGGUCAACGAUGAGAUUGGUGACUUGAAGACGGAGACUGGAAAUAUUGCCACUCGUGAAUAUGAAUCUUCAGAUGACGAUAUGUCUUCAAAGACUCCAUCUACCCAGGAGCUUGGACGAACGCCAUCUGAUCGACAUGCGUUCAUCUUUCGGCACAAUCUUAAUCCUUCUACUCCUGACAUUAGAGAGUUUCAUCCACUGCCAUCGCAAAUACCAUUUCUGCUCAACGUAUUCUCGGAAAACGUUAAUGCGAUUGCGCAAAUUGUUCACAUGCCCAGUACCAGCAAGAUGAUCAGCGAGCUACGAGGCGAUAUGUCGAAACUCACGCCGUCAAACGAAGCCUUAAUGUUCUCCAUAUACUACGGCGCAGUAACCUCCAUGGAAGAAGAGGAUAUCAUGCUGAAUUUCGGCGUUUCGAAACAACACUUGAAUCUCAAAUAUCGCCUUGGGUUGGAACAUGCCUUGGCCAAAGCUGAUUUUCUUAACGCACCUGACCUAAUCCUCGUACAAUCACUUGCUAAUUUUCUCCUUCUCGCUCGGCGACACGAUAGUCCUAGAUACAUCUGGAUGAUGACAGGAAUUGUGAUCCGCAUGGCUCUUGCCCUCGGCCUACAACGUGAUGGCUCCCAUUUUGGAUACCUGACCCCCUUCGAAAUUGAAAUGCGUCGAAGAGUUUGGUGGUGUCUAUGCAUGAUUGACGUGAGAGCAUCAGAAGACCAGGGGACUGAUUUCACCAUUGCCCUGGGCAGCUUCGAUACAAAAAUGCCUCUCAAUAUCAACAGUGUCGACAUUAGUCCAGAGUCCACCGAAAUGCCAACAGAGCACGUUGGACUGACCGAUAUGUCUCUCACGCGAGUCAACUUUGGAAUCGUUGAUGUCUCAAAACAAAUGGUGGCUCGCAGCUCGAAAUCAACCAGCUUGGAGGAACAAAGCCAUUUUCUAGAUGAGAUUUAUGAGCAUUUACAGGUUGGCUUCCUCCAAUACCAAACAAACUCCGAGACGAACAUAAUGUAUUGGAUGUCCGUUGCCAUCACUCGUCUAGUCAUUGGAAAAAUGACUCUCUUGGUUUAUGUGCCUGUCCUUUUCGCAUCCCCAAACGAGAACCUUUCCGAAGAGAUCAGAAACAAGCUUCUAGUUGCGGCCAUUGAGGUUGCUGAGUACAACCAUGCUUUAAACGCCGAGCCUUCCUGCCGCCACGUCCGUUGGGUCUUUCAAACAUAUACACAUUGGCACGCUAUCGUGUACAUCCUGAUUGAAAUUUCGCGGCGUGCAUGGUCGCCCAUAGUUGAGAGGGCUUGGUUAGCUCUCCACAGUGCGUGGCUGAUUCCGACUCAAUCACACAUGACAAAGAACCUUCGAAUUUGGGUUCCUCUGCGAAAAUUAAGAAUCAAAGCGCAGCAACAUCGUGAUUCUGAGCUAAAGCGACUGCGUGGUGACCCCAGUGCCGCUGAAGCUCUCGAGAGACAGGAUAAAGAAAUUCAGCAGCCCUCAAGCCCUGGAUCUUUCCCUGAUAAACAUGAUCCGACAGAUGCUUUCGUGUUAAGAUGGCGACAACUGCUAGUCAAGCCUGAUGUGGUGCUUAGCAACACUGAAGCUCUACAUACAGUGGAAGCAUCCGUCAAUUUGGCAAAUCUGGGCAACAGAACCACCGACUCGGGAUCUGAGCAAGCUUAUCGGGCGCAAGAGAGUUCUCAUAUGAAUCAGGAUCUGCCCUGGGUGAAAUCAAAUCCUAUUGACCCGCCCCUGUUACCAGGUCACGAUAUUUACCCCGUGCAGGAUGUCACACGCGAUUUUUCCCAGGGCCAGGCUGACCAAGGAUUCAACCCAAGCGUCAUCCCUUGGCUAUGGGCAGAUGAUGGCCUUGAAUACCCAGCUAUGGAUUCAAUAGACAUCAAUAUGGAUCUAGAUGGGAGCGAUGUGGACUGGUACAAUUGGGUUGAAAGUGCCCAAGGAAUGGAGUUGAACUUUAACUCGAGUGGAGCUGGAGCAUCGGGAUAG